AUGAACGCGCGUUCUCCGGUGUGUGUUGUAGGUUCCACCCCGCAACGUACAAAGUCGGAGAAGGCUAUCGUGCCAGGAGGCACCAAGGUGCCCGGCGCGAGGCGCACCAACUCGCGAGAAAAUACGACGGUGGUCGCCAGCAUCGGCGCCGACGGCCACAACUACAACCCUUUCAUCAUCUACAAAGGCCAACGUAUGCAACCCGCUUGGAUCCAGGACAAGAACGGCGUCCCCGAUGCGAAGUACACCGACACGGAGUCAUCCUUCAUCCAGAGCCACGUGUUCCUCGGCUACCUUCGAGACCUCCGCGAACAGCUCGAUUCACGCGGCUUGCAGGGCAAAGUUGCCCUUGUGCUCGACGGCCACGCCUCGCACACGACCUUCGACGCCAUCAGCUUGGCCAUCUCUCUGGACAUCAACCUUUUCCAGCUCCCGUUCCACACACCGCACAUCACCCAGCCCUUGGACGUUGGUACGUUCGGAACCUUCAAGAAGGAGCUCACCAGGGUUCUCACGGGCUACCCACUGACAAUCGGGGGGAGGAGUCCGGUGAAGCGCGACAUGGCUGGCGUGAUUGCGGAGGCAUGGAGAGUGUUCGACCGUCAGGUUUUGCCUCGAGUUGCUCGAGCUUGUACACCAGAGUCACCAGAGUCGGUAAGCAUGGCUUCCGGCUCGUCAGGCAAGAUCCGAAGAGGAUUCGCCAAGUUCAGUGGUGACCCAGGCGACUACGUCGGCUGGCGAACCCUGCAGACCUCCUUGGUUAUGGAGGACAAGCUGCACAAGGUUCUGUUGGGAGUGGAGAAAGCCCCUUCGGAUCUCGGACCUAGUGCUACGCCGGACCAGACUUCGGCAUACCAAUCUGCCCUGGAAGGAUACCAGGGCAAAAACGGACAGAUCUUUGCACGGCUGAUGCUCGCCACAUCUGAAACCGGGGGCUACCAGAGCGCGGCCUCGCAGACUGUGCAGGCAUACGCGCCUAUCGGGUCUUCCUACAACGGAGACGGUCGUGGAGCCUUCCUCGCCCUGGAACGAAAGUACCAGGCCACUGGGGUAUACUGUACGCAGGAGCUGCACGAGAAGUUCAUAUCUUUGGCACUUACCGCGGACCACCACUUUGACCCGGCCAAUGUUAUUCAAGAUAUGCGCCGGAUCUGCACGAAGCUCGCCGUGUAUAACGACACUGUGGCUGACCACCGAAAGACGUUCGCUUUCCUAAAAGCACUGCCGGACGACCACUACAAAGAGUUCAAGACGGGACUACUGUGCGGCCAAGCUGCUGGGAGCGUCUUGUCCUUCGAGGAGGUCGCCGACCGAGCCACUUCGUUCCACGCGAUGCACAUUCGUGGUAAAAUUGCGUCGAAGAACGCGUCCGGAAGCAGCAGCUGA